AUGGAAGGUACACCUUACGAAUUGUCCGAUGACAGCUCGGGCUUAAGCUCGGUGCCUUCAUCCGCGCGCGCCUCGCCUGAGCCCGCCGCCCGGUACCUGACGCCAUCAUCGCAAGAAGGCGAUUCGAUGCGCCAAGACUGCCCUCCGCCCGCAAAGAAGCGGAAGCGCAACCCCUUGCCCAAAGAGCGUACAACACAAUAUCUCGACUUCGCCAAAUCGUCGUACGAACAGCCAGAUCAGGUCAGGUUACUUGUCGACACUCUUCGUCACCAGAAGGACAUUAUUGUCAUCGCUGGCGCCGGUAUUUCUACAUCUGCAGGCAUUCCCGAUUUUCGUUCACCCGAUGGCUUGUUCAAGACCUUGCAGAAGAAGUACAAUCUCAAGGCUUCAGGAAAGCUGCUGUUCGAUGCGGCAGUCUAUCAGGAUGAGACCCUGCUCAAACCCUUCCAUGAGUUGGUGCAAACCUUGUCGACUGAGGCCGCCAAUUGUCAACCCACCAAGUUCCACGAGAUGCUGGCCAGUCUCGGCAAGGAAAAUCGCUUGAAACGACUGUACACACAAAACAUUGACGGCCUGGAAAUUUCCAUGAAGCCCCUGGAGACCGAGGUUCCAUUGAGUGUCAAGGGUCGCUGGCCCGUCACCAUUCAGCUCCACGGCAGCAUCACCAAGAUGGUCUGCCAGAAGUGCCGCCACCUGUCCACCUUGCAGCCAGAGAAGUUCUGUGAGGCGGAUCCCCCCGACUGUGAUGAGUGCGCCGACAACGACCGUGCUCGGGUGGUAGCCGGCCAACGUAGCCACGGUGUGGGCCGGAUGCGGCCGCGCUUCGUCUUGUACAACGAGCACAACCCCGACGAAGAGGCGAUCACAUCCGUCAUGAAUGCCGACAUCAAAUCCCGCCCUCGUGUCCUCGUCGUCGCCGGGACCAGUCUCAAGAUCCCGGGUGUGCGUCUUCUCGUCAAGAAUCUGUGUAAGGUCAUUCGUGGUCGGAAGGAUGGCGUCACCAUGUUCAUCAGCAACGAACCUCCUGUCGGCAAAGAAUUCGAGGACUGUUUCGACCUGGUCGUCCAAGGAUCAACGGAUCAGGUCGCGGAUCUGGUCCAGCUGAAGAAUUGGCAUGACCCGGCACCUUACACUGCCCCUCUUCCGGAGCCUGUCUUUGGUGUGCCCCCGACGGUGACAGGGGAGCCCGCUGUCACCGAUGAGGAAGGCAAGAUCUCUGUGGUGAUCACAUCCACCCCGACGAAGAAGCGCCCAGUCAGCGACAUCGGGUUGAUCACCCCUUCUUCCUCUCACGACGAGGCACCUCAGGCGAAGAAGACCAAGCGCGCUCUCGCCAACCCGGCCACCAGUGGCAGGAGUAUCACCGAUCUCCUGCACAACGCCGCCACCAAGCCGCGCGCCCCAGCCAAGGCGGCCCGAAAGCCAACGACAGCCAAGUCCACGGUUCCCAAGAAGCGUGGAGGCAAGCCCCCGGCUGCUGUGGCCGCGGCAUCCAAGCCCAUCUCCUCUUUCGCAACGGUCAGCAAGGCCAACAAGACUGUGGUGGUGGCUGAGAAGAAGGCCGGCCUCAACAAGCAAACGGCCUCGCUGAAGCCCAGUGCAGCUCGAGCGAACGGCUCACUGCUCACCUCUGGGGCUCUCAAGGCUGGCGUUGAGGCCCACGUGAUUGAGGAAGUGACCAUCGACCGCUCCUGA